GUUGAACAUGCUGCGCGUGUGGGCUUAAUAAGGGAUCAUACCAUGAUUCAUUGUGUAUCGUCAUUAACCUUUGACGAAAGUGGGACUGCGGGAGCAAUCGGGGAUAAAAAUCAAAGCCGGUUGCCGCGCUAACGUCAUUGUUCCGCGUUCAGCGUAUAAACACCGUAGCAGUGUACGGAAAUAUCGGUAGCUAGUCUACUGCUUUGUGUACAUGUUUCAAGGCGCCCGUAACCCCGUACUGCUAGUGCAGCCGCGUCCUGACGUUCAUUUCCGUCCUGCAUUUGCAGAAAUGUUAUUCCGUGGAAUGUAAUUAAACAGCUGUAACAACGAUGAACGCCAGUAACCUGACAAAUUUUAAUGCAAUAUGGAAGCUGACCUCACCGUUGGACCCGCGGUGUGGUUGGGCUAAACAACCGAAAGUGUAUUGUGAUACGGGAAUAUGCUCCUUGGAAAGCACCACUUAUCCUUUUCUGUUGUGCAUCGCCACCGUGGGAAGCUUGCUAAAUAUUAUUGUGUUCGCCAAAGAACGACCGAAAGUUGCAAAAGGAGUGUACCUUAUGGUCAUGGCGUCGGCGGACUGUGGUUACAUGUGGGGGAGUUUUCUUGUAUAUCUGAAGACAUCGACGGAAGAACAGAGUGAUGUUUUUAAAAAGAUAUAUAGCAACCUUCGCGGAUUUUCGUGGUACAUGCAAGAAGUCUGCGCCUGUACAUCUGAUUGUUUGAGUGGAAAGAUUUAUUACAAAGCCGAACAGGACUUCCGCUCGCUAAGGCGACUGGUAAUGAUUCUGCCACGGCUCCGCGGAUGUGUUCUGUUUGACCAACACCAGACGCAGUGA